UUGUCCGACGCUGUCUCUGAACGCUCGCCAUCCGACUAGGACCUUGGGGGGGAGGGUGAUCGCUGUUCCUAACUGGCCUCUCUUGACGUGUCUCGGUCCGGUCGUGUAUAUCUUCUCGUGAUAGGAUAGCCCGAAGAACAACAAGAAGAAAACGCCCCGAGCCCACCUCGCCUGGACACCGAGGGCAUUCGAGAUUCUAUCCCGUUCGCGAACUCGGAGAAUCGAGUUGCUUACCACCACAGGCGAUCCAAAGCCCGAGAGAUCGAGGGCAUAGCUGAACUCGCGAGUUAGCCUGGGCAUGCAAUCCUUCAGCCAGCGCCGCCGGUUCUAUUUCUAAACGGUAUUUCCGUACUCCCGACUAGGGUGCUGGGCUCCCGUUUGGAAGGAGAAAAAGACGUUAGGAACCUGAUGGUCCUAUCGUAGAUUCUUCUUUCAGCCUGUAUCCAUGCAAACCCUCACUCGCCGUGUUGAGCAGUUGUAUCUCCCGCUCGGCCAGCGCCGAGGCAUAUCCGAUCUGGCGACGUUCGCUCUAGACCUGACCUGGGCCAGAGCAGAGACGGACUGUGCUCUCAGCAGCACCAGGGCGUAUCCCUCUCCGCCCAUGUCAGGGUCUCCACCACCACCACUCCCGCAGAAGCCAAAUCCAGAGGUCGGUGAUCGAGGCCAGGGAGCUUUUCAGCCCGCUAGCCAUGAUGUGUAUCGCUCGAGCUCAGCUAUUUCCGGAGGCGAAUAUCGAGCACCAGCACCAGCAGCACCACCGCAACCAUCCCUACCGCCCCCAACCGUAGGCCCUAGGCCUUUCCACCCAGAAGGCCAGGAGCGACGGCCGUAUCUAUACCACCGCCCCGAGGAAACGCUGGGAAGGCCAAUCGCAUACCCCCCGCAGCCAGGCUCGAUGAUUCCCCAACCCCAAUAUCCGCUUCCUCCCGUGGUUGGGCCCAGCCUAGACCCGACGCCCUAUUCGAUGUCGAGCAAUUCACAAGGCGUCGAGAACCCGACAUAUACUUCCCCGAAGUCCCAGAGGAAAACCAAAGGUCACGUAGCUUCGGCUUGUGUACCCUGCAAAAGAGCGCAUCUCAGGUGUGACGCCCAAAGACCCUGUUCGCGGUGUAUGAGCAACGGUAAAGAAGACUCGUGCGUCGACGUUCAACACAAGAAGCGUGGCCGGCCUCGGUUACGCGACGACAACCAACCGCGGUUCGACGCUGGGAGAUUUCCCCAUCCAUCCGAUCCGACGAUCCGACGACCAGUAUCCCUUUAUUCGCCAAUGAGCGUUCCUCCCACACCUUACGAAGACCCUCUUCGAAGAAGUCACUCCUAUCGAGUCCUAAAGUCGCAGCCGAACGAAUCUAUCGCGCCUAGGUUUCCCGAACGAGGGUCGGCCGCAGACGCGAAUCUGUUUCCUGCGCCCCUGUCCAUACCAGCCCACGCCCCGGAACCUGUGGCGUUUCUGACGACUGAUUUAGAGAUCGCCAAGGCAUCGAGACCUUUCAUCGAAGCAGUCGGCUCUCAGGCGAUCGUGGGCCGAAGAUUGGUUGAAAUUGUCAGUCCAAACGAGCGUGACAGAGUCAUCGGGCUCCAAAGGUCGCUUCAGGAGGAGCAGGGCAGAAUGGAUCCGAAUUAUCUCCCUCCAAUUUUUGGGAAGCAAGAAGCCGAGAGGGUGAUCCAAGCGCUGCCGUUCAGUCCGGAAUCGAUGUCGAGGUUUCGGUUAGGUCGGCAAGACUUCUUCACCUUUGUUGCUGGAGACGGACAACCAUUGCCCUAUCCGAUCCGCAUCGGACUAGCAAAGGAGGACUCGAUAUACUUCGUCGUGCUGCUGUUGAUCCGCUCAACCCAGCCAUUCCCACAGCCCUCGCCGUCACCCCACACUCGCGAAUUCUCGUAUUCGUUCCAGCCUCAACCUUAUACCCAGCUAACCCCAGUGUCGGCGUCCUUCGACCCGAGCCGCCCGCGAUUCGGGAUGCUGCCUCGAGAGAGUGCAUACACACCACGGCAACCACCAACACCGGCGCUGAUCACUUCGGGGCUCCCACCCGGCGUUAGCCCGAACCAUCCCACAUAUUCUGCUUCUAGACGGGUUGAGCCCCAGGCUGGACCGUCUCACCAGAUCCCAAGAAGCGAAUUAUCUGUUGCCAGACCGCCGCAGCAAGGGGAGUAUCAGCUUCCGCCAAUUCGUGGCCGGGGUCAGGCCGCCCCCUCGACGGAGACCCCGGGAUGGCAGCGGGAUGACCGAACAAGUCGCGUCGAUAUAGGAGGAUUGAUAGAAAAGCCCGACCCGUCACGACGAGGACGGUAGCUAUUUCGAUCAGCAGUCACAAAUGGCCUUCACUACCACCUCCUCUGAGCUCUUAUCACGGCACCGUGUCUUUGGGCGACCUGGCACCUCCCCGUUGCAAGGUUAUCUGCUUUCGACGCCUGUUAGCCACGUUAAUGCACCAUCAAACACUCCGAUCCGCACUCGAAUUGUAAACUAUACCCACAUCGCGUAUCCGUAAUUCACAACCACCCAGGAGAUACCAUGUAUAACAACAUAUUGCAUCUUCCCAUCUUAUAUACCAUCCUUCCACAAUUUGGGGGCUUCUGCUCAUCCGCGGAGGCCGUUCCUCUUACGGCAUGGCUGGCCUUCUCUGGACGUUGCGAUAAUAACCACGGC